ACACAUUGAACAUUUAAAAAUUGGAAACAUCCCAAUAAAAAAUAAGAAUAGGAAUGGGAAUUCCCAAUGAAAAUGCCUCCUUUUAGAACUAAUUCUUUUUAUCAGUUUGUGAUUGAAUGACUCCAACAAAUUUUAAAAUAAUUUCAUAAGUUUUGGUUUAUGUGUUAAUCACAUGGUUAGGGUUUUGAAAAAUAGUUUUUGUCCGCAUGAAAUGGGCAUUCACAGCAAAGGAGUGAUCCGAAAACGAAUGCGAUGGGUAAGGAGAUAUUCCAACUGGGUAUUGGAAUGUGUGACCAGAAGUUAAAGUGGGAUCGAAGUAUGCUUAUUUUAUGGAGAAUUGGAUGGGUGAAACCCUGGGAUUGUGUUCAAAACCGUGUGAAUUGAUUGUGUAUUAGAGAAAAGGGUGGUGGGACAGUUGGCAAUGCAGAGUGGAGUGGACCCAUUUGGGAGAGGCUCUCCAAGCCACUCUCUCAACGUGUGGGAACAAACAAAAAACAGAAAAAGAAAUUGGAUCAAGUCUAUUUAGGCUGGACUGGAUAUAUGACAGUCACCUUUCUAAUGUUAAUCUAAUGAUGAUGGUGCUGAAAAUUAUCAGAGAGGUCAUCUUUAGCAGGGGGCUUAGAUCGGAUAGGACUUUUGUGAUAGUGCUUGUUAGGAAUUGGAGUGGGUGUCGAUAGGGACAGAUGUGAUUUCAUUGAUUUGAUAGAUUGGGUAGGAUUUGGUAUUGGGUUGUAUUCUUUGGUGCUGAUUUGAUUUGGAUGUUGGCGACAUUAGGCUUUGCAGCGGCCACACGGGCUAAUUCUCUGGUGUUAGUUCUUGUUAUAUAACAUGUUGGCAGAGCAGGUGGCCCAGAAGCUAAUUGAUGUUUUGAAUGAGAUCACCUCACUUGGAGAUUGCAAAAAUGUUAUGAGGAAAGAAUGUGCCACUUUGAGCAGAAGGGUAAAGCUUUUGUCGCCCUUGUUUGAGGAGCUGAAGGAAAUCGGGGAAUCUAUUCCUAGUGAUACCAUAGGUUUCUUUGAUGCUAUCAAAGCUGCUCUUCACUCGGCCAAGGAACUUCUCAAUUUUGUCCAUGAUGGUAGCAAGCUUUUUCUGGUUCUGGAAAGAUAUGAAGUUGCAAAACAAUUUGAUGAUAUCACAGCUCAAUUGGAGCAAGCCCUAAGUAUUGUGCCCUAUGGCCAAUUUGAGAUAUCAGAUGAAGUUCAAGAACAGGUUGAACUUGUGCAUGCACAACUUAAAAGAGCUAAAGGUCAUGUAGAGGGACCUGAUUUAGAACUUUACAGGGAUGUCUCUACUAUUUUAUCACAGAAGAAUGACAGAAAUACUGACCCAAAAGUGUUGGGUAGGUUAGCAGAAAAGCUACAGCUUAAGACCUUUGCCGAUCUUAAAAAAGAAUCACAUGCAUUGUAUACAAUGGUCAUUGGAAGUGGUGACAAUGAUGAUAAUAGUGAGUGUUUAGAUCAGAUAUCAGCGAUUUUAAGGAAGUUAAAAGAAUUUGCAUUGAAUGAGAACCUGGAAAUAAAUGAACCUAACAAUGAGAAUAGUACUUCUGCUGCUGGAGCAUCCUUAGAGAAGCUCAACUCUCCUGAUAUACCUGAUGAUUUCCGUUGUCCAAUAUCUCUAGAGUUGAUGAAGGAUCCUGUAAUUGUGGCUACAGGACAGACAUAUGAGCGAUCUUGCAUCCAGAAAUGGUUAGAUGCUGGACACAAAACUUGUCCCAUAACACAGCAGACUCUGCCUCAUUUUGUUUUGAUUCCUAACUACGCUUUGAGAAGUUUGAUUAUCCAAUGGUGUGAAACUCAUGGCAUUGAGAUGCCAAGAAGAUCAGGAUCUAGCACAAAUGAGAAAAUGAGUGGAAGUUCCCCAGAAACCCUCAAAGACCAAGCCACUGUGGAUGCUCUUCUUCGCAAGCUUUCUAGUGGAGUCAUUGAGGAACAAAGAGCAGCUGCUGGUGAACUGCGUCUUCUAGCAAAACGAAAUGGUAACAAUAGGAUCUAUAUUGCAGAAGCAGGGGCCAUCCCACCACUAAUUAAGCUCUUGGCUACCCAGGAUCAAAGGACCCAAGAGCAUGCUGUGACUGCUCUCCUUAACCUUUCAAUUCAUGAUGGAAAUAAGAGGGCAAUAGUAAUGGCUGGGGCAAUACCUCCCAUUGUAGAAGUUUUAAAAUCAGGCAGCAUGGAAACAAGGGAAAAUGCUGCUGCAACUCUUUUCAGCUUGUCAUUUCUUAAUGAACACAAUAUAACAAUUGGUAAAUCUGGGGCCAUCCCAGCAUUGGUUAAACUCCUACGUGAUGGCAAUCAGAGGGGAAAGAAGGAUGCUCUUAAUGCCUUUUUCCAUUUAUGUGUGUAUCAAGGAAAUAAGGCAAGGGCUCUAAGAGCUGGUAUUUUGACCCCUUUGAUGGACUUACUUGUAGAUUCCAAUUCCGGAAUGGUGGACGAAGCCCUGGCCCUGUUGGCUUUACUUGCUACUCAUCAAGAAGGGAAGAUAGCCAUUGGGAAUGCCAGACCAAUCCCCAUAUUGGUGGACUUUCUCAGGACCGGUUUGCCUCGCAGCAAGGAAAAUGCUGCUGCUGUCUUACUUGCAUUGUGCGCAUAUGAUCCACAACAUCUGGAUGCAGCCCGGAGACUGGGAGCUUAUAGGCCCUUGACUGUAUUGUUGCACGAUGGUUCAGAUAGAGCCAAGCGCAAGGCAGCUGCCCUAUUAGAGUGUAUGAACAAACAACAAGAAUUGCUAACCACGCAAGCAUCCUCAUAAACCCUAUGAGCUUUCCAUUUCCUUGUGGCUUGGUGCUUCUCAGUUGCACGGCAAGGUGAUCGAAGGUCAUCUUUUUCUGUAUACUUAGAAAUGGUUGUUAGAUUAUGAUUUGGGGCAAGCCAACAAAUAGCAUUCCUUGAUCUUACAUGACAUCUAUUUCUUAACCAACAGAAAUUUUGUAUCAUAUUGACAAGUUGGCUAAGAAAGUUUCCGAUUAAUUGGGUUUGAAAGAAGCUGAUUCUGGUGUGUAUUGUGCAUGUCUUCUUGGCAAUGCUUUGAAUAAAGCAUGCUUGUGCUCUGUUGCUCUCCCUUUGACUAAUAGUUCAGUCGUCAGAGAAGUAGGAAAUCUCCAUGGAGUGAAGAAUCAAUUCUAUUUGUUUCAGGGAAUUGUCUAAUACAAUAGAUGUGCAGUUAUCUCUCGGCACAAUUCAUUAUUUUACUUCUCUGGAUUGGAAGUGACGGUACGGGAUGUUUUCCCUGAAUACUAAAUGGUUUAUAAAGGACUUAGUGACAGUUCAAAGUGUAAGAGUGUCAUGUCUCUUUUUCAGAUUAAGAGAAUUAAUGAUAUUAUUUUAGUUCAA